GUGUCACGGGGUACCUGGGAGAAGGAGCAAAAAAGCGGGCAUACCGAAAUCUUUAUUGUUUUCGCUUGGCUUAAACCAUUUGAAAGAAUAUACAUUUGACUUAUGAAGUCAAACAGCUGCGCCUUAUAGGCCAGUAACCGUCUGGGAUUUGCAUUUGGCUUUGAAAAGAGUCUCAUUCAUUCGGCUUUCGUACUAGCUAGCUAACUAGCUAACGAGCUUCCACACCAGUGUCUGGAGCAGCAGGCCCAUUCUUCUGGACUUUGCUACAAGCUAGUUAGCUAACAUUAGCUGGCUAACCCAUGCGAACACGUUUUCUUUCUCAAUGAUUUUGCCUGUUACGUUGUAAAUGAAUACCACACGGCUAAUGUGUGUGCAGGUUAACGAUAUUUUGUAGUCGUGUUGUUGCGUAGGCUGCUAGUUGAAGCAAACUUAUUUGAGCUACAUCAUCGAGGCACUUGUUUAAUAAAAGUGUUGUGCACUUUGUUGCUAGCUUAAGCUAGCCACCGCCGACUGAACAACGCAGUCACUGAACGCGUAGUAGCCUUCAACUGGCAGAGAUGUCGGACUUCGACGAAUUUGAAAGACAGCUAUCCGAAAAUAAACAAGCUGAAAGGGACAAAGAGAACCGCCACCACCGCCGGUCCUCCUCCCGCAGCCGUAGCAGAGAAAGGAAAAGGAGAAGCAGAGACAGGGAUAGACGCAGCAGGGAUCGCCGUGGGGACAGUAAGGAGCGCAGACACAGACGCAGCUCACCAUCCAGCUACCCCCAGGACAAUGCUGGAAGCCGUUCUCCACACCGUGAGAAGAAGAAGAAGGUGAAGAAGUACUGGGAUGUCCCUCCACCUGGUUUCGAACACAUCACUCCCAUGCAGUACAAAGCCAUGCAAGCUGCGGGCCAGAUCCCAGCCACAGCCCUCCUGCCAACCAUGACUCCAGACGGCCUGGCUGUUACUCCCACACCUGUACCUGUAGUGGGCAGCCAGAUGACCCGGCAGGCCCGCCGGCUCUAUGUGGGCAACAUCCCAUUUGGAAUCACAGAGGAAUCCAUGAUGGACUUCUUCAAUGCCCAGAUGCGUUUGGGUGGUCUUACUCAGGCCCCUGGAAACCCUGUUCUUGCAGUACAGAUCAACCAGGAUAAGAAUUUUGCCUUCCUUGAGUUCCGUUCAGUGGAUGAAACAACACAGGCUAUGGCCUUUGAUGGCAUAAUCUUUCAAGGCCAGAGUCUCAAGAUUCGUCGUCCCCACGAUUAUCAGCCCCUGCCUGGCAUGAGCGAAAACCCCAGUGUCUAUGUGCCUGGUACACAGACAAUUAAUGGUGUGGUGUCCACAGUGGUUCCUGAUUCUGCUCACAAGCUUUUCAUUGGCGGCUUGCCCAACUACCUGAAUGAUGACCAGGUGAAGGAGCUACUGACGUCAUUUGGUCCACUGAAGGCCUUCAACUUGGUGAAGGACAGUGCCACAGGCUUAUCUAAAGGAUAUGCCUUUUGUGAAUAUGUUGAUGUCAACCUUAAUGACCAGGCUAUUGCUGGGCUGAACGGCAUGCAGCUGGGAGACAAGAAGCUCCUGGUGCAGAGAGCCAGUGUGGGAUCCAAGAACGCCACUCUGACAAGUAUAAACCAGACCCCAGUGACUCUGCAGGUGCCAGGCCUGAACAGCUCAGUGACUCAGAUGGGUGGUCUGCCCACUGAGGUGCUGUGUCUGAUGAACAUGGUGGCCCCAGAGGAGCUGCUGGAUGAUGAAGAGUAUGAGGAGAUUGUGGAGGACGUCAGGGACGAGUGCAGCAAGUACGGCCAAGUUAAGAGCAUUGAGAUACCUCGACCCGUGGACGGCCUGGAGGUGCCUGGGACCGGCAAGAUCUUUGUGGAGUUCAUGUCCGUUUUUGACUCCCAGAAGGCCAUGCAGGGGCUGACAGGAAGAAAGUUUGCCAACAGGGUGGUGGUGACCAAAUACUGCGAUCCAGACGCUUAUCACCGCCGGGACUUCUGGUAGAGGUGGCAUGAAGAGAUAAGGGGAUGGGGGAUGAGGGAAGGAGGGAGGGAUCGUGUGCUGCCCAAUUCCAAAUCAGCCCCCCCCUCCCCAAUUGAUUUGCAACAUUUCAAGUAGAUCUUAGAGUAUUAAUUUGGCAAAUGGUUGUGGUGAUAUCCAAUGUGCCAUUUGAGAUCUACGUGAAAUGUCCAGCAGUUAAAACAUAUGUUUGGAAUUGGAAGAGGAGAAGAAGGGGGGGGGGGUUUAUAUUCAGUCCAUAACUUAGGGGGCUAGGUUUGGGUGUUGAGGGUGUAGCUGGGUGGGUGGGGGAGUCAAAGAUUUUUGAGAAAUGUGUGUAAUAAUAGGUCCAGGGUGGGGUCAACAAUUUUUAUACUUUGUGAGACAGGGAUGUCAUUUAGGGUGGGAGGGGGGUGCCACACUUUAAGGUUUGUAUUUAAAUGGAGGUAGCCUGUUUUAAGUACAUGAAGAAGGAAUUGCAGCAGGGAACUAACUGGACUAUUCUGAGAGAAGAGGGGUCGAGAAAACAGGAGUGUUCAUUUGUGAAAGGGAGAUGUGGGGGGAGAUGGAGAGCAAGAUGAGGGCAUUUUUGUUUGACCAUCUAAUGUAGAUAUACAGUAGCUGUAACAUCCACUUCCAUUUUGCCCCAGUCAUUAGAAAGGCGAGAGGAGAGUCCUCAUUUUUGUUUGUUUUUUUUUCUGUUUGGACUCGAUCAUUUCUUCACGUUUCUUCAUUUUCAUCAGACUACUGCCCCCCUCAGGACGAGUGUCAGAGAAUCUGUUGUCUGAUUGGACUCUAUCUGAAUGUUAACUGUAAUUGUUACAAUACUGUGUGUAGCUUCACUGAUUUGAGCUGUAAUAUCACCUUGUAUUCAGAGCGCAGAAUAACACCAACUGCAGAAAAGAACAUUUCUUCUUUCUUUUUAUAUUUUCUCUAAUCUUUUUUUCACAUCCAUCUUUUGUGCACAGCUUUUAACAGGUGAGAUUGUUUUUGUCUCAGCAGUUCAGAUCUGGGUUAAUUCAUAAGGAAGAUGGGGAGAACAGAUUGGUAUUUAAUCCUGGAUUCAUCUCUUCCUUACCAAAAAGCCUUAAUGUUAUUACAUGUCAAUUCGCAAAGGAAAGAAAUUCGGCUUGCCCCUCUAUCAAUGAUGUCUGUAUGUUUGUGGAUGUCACUAUCGUGUAUUUCAGCCUUGCAUCAUCAGUUUUAGUUUCCCUCGUUUCUCAUCAGAUUUGGGAUAUAAGAUGAGAUGUGUUGCACCCGGUUGUUGUUGUUUUUUUUCUUCAACAUCUCACCUCUUUGACAAGACCAAAUAAACACAUGACUAAUACGCACGACUCCUGUUGUACUGCAGAGUGAAACCAAAACCCCACAACUUGUCUCUGUUCUGUCAACUUCCAGCCUCAUUUGCUCGAAAAAGAAUGGAUAAAUUUGUCAGCGAUGGCUUGUCCACACAAAAGAAUAAAAUUAAACCUAAUACUGCAAUAGCUCAUUGAAGAAAUUAAAGCCUGCAGGCAAAGAUUAACUAUCAUGCACCUAAUUAAAUUUCAACAAAUGAAUUAAAUCAUUUCACAUUUUAGUAGUGAAGCUCUCAUGAUUUUAUUUUCUUUAGCUGUUGGGGGAUUUUCACAAAAUCCAAGAGGUAGUUGAUGGGAUGUUAGAAACUCUAUGUACUUAAACAAAAUCUACUUUUCCCUUAUCUCCCUUGUCUUCUGCCCUUGAUUCUCUGAGGACCACAUGUUCACACUGUACGGGCUUGAGACUGCUUUCAUUUGAUACCCUGGGUUGCUUAAGACAGCGCUGAAGAGAGAUUGUGUCAGUGAUAACACUUAUGAGAUGUUAGUCCUUUCUUUCUGAAACCUGCUUUCUCAGUGUCACUGUGUCAUUUAAUUUCUUUUCUUUUCCUCUCUCUCUGGAAAAAAUGUGAUUUCUUAAAUGAUUUAAAACCUAAAAACCACAUCUAGUUUAUAAAAAGCAAAAACAGUC